CCAACGCCCAUGGAUUCUUAGCACAAAUUAGACACCGACAACAACCAAAAUGUCCGACUCUUUUAAGGAUGAGCUCUCACGGAAGACCUCAAUUUUCGGUUUAAGGUUUUGGGUUGUUCUUGGAAUUUGCUUUGGUGCCGCCAUUGUUAUCGCCAUGUUCUUUAUUUCACUCUAUUUCACCUCCAAACGAAAACAUUCCUUCAAGAAAACCAAAACAAUAUGUCACAAACCUACAAUCCCAACCAUCUCCGACGAUAUUCAAGAACCCCGGGUCGACCCGACCCGAACUCACGACAUAGAAACUCACGACAACCAGAAGCAUCAGCAGCCGCAGGUGGAGGAGGAAGAGGGUGAAAACCCGUCAAUCGAGUCGGGUUCUUUAGCUAUAGUUAGAAGCCAUGCAGCUGUGAACGAUGGUAAUCUAAAUGGGUACAAGAAGAUCCAGAUAGAGAUUGGGAAGGCUGGUGGCGGGUCGGGUGAUCAGCUGUCUAUUAUAUCGGUUCAACCCGAGGUUUCGCAUUUGGGUUGGGGCCAUUGGUACACUUUAAGAGAGCUUGAAAUUGCAACAAAUGGAUUUGCAGAUGAAAAUGUGAUUGGUGAAGGUGGAUAUGGGAUUGUGUAUUCUGGGGUUUUGAUGGAUAAUACGAUGGUUGCUGUCAAGAAUUUGCUGAAUAACAGAGGACAAGCUGAAAAGGAGUUUAAGGUUGAAGUCGAAGCCAUUGGUCGAGUUCGUCACAAGAAUUUAGUCAGACUGCUUGGGUAUUGUGCUGAAGGAGCUCAAAGGAUCCUUGUUUAUGAGUACGUAAACAAUGGGAACUUAGAGCAAUGGCUUCAUGGAGACGUAGGACCCAUUAGUCCUCUUACGUGGGAGAUCCGUAUGAACAUUGUACUUGGAACGGCUAAAGGGUUGACUUAUUUGCACGAAGGACUUGAACCCAAAGUGGUUCACCGUGAUAUUAAGUCGAGCAAUAUUUUACUUGAUAGACAAUGGCUGCCCAAAGUUUCGGAUUUCGGCUUGGCCAAACUUUUGGGCUCAGAGAAGAGCUAUGUCACUACUCGAGUUAUGGGAACAUUUGGAUACGUUGCUCCUGAAUAUGCUAGUACGGGCAUGUUGAAUGAGAGAAGUGAUGUUUACAGCUUCGGGAUUCUUAUUAUGGAGAUUAUUAGCGGCAGAAAUCCUGUAGAUUAUAGCCGGCCUGCGGAGGAGGUGAAUCUUGUCGAUUGGCUUAAAACGAUGGUAACAAAUAGGAAUGCAGAGGGGGUUUUGGAUCCUAAAUUACCCGAGAGACCGUCUUCAAGAGCUUUAAAACGGGCCCUAUUAGUAGCAUUACGCUGCGUAGAUCCUAGUGCUCAAAAGAGGCCGAAAAUGGGUCACGUGAUUCAUAUGCUCGAGGCUGAUGACUUUCCGUUUAGAGAUGAACACAGAGGGAAUAGGGAAAUCGGAAGGGAGCGGUUGAUGGAGAAGAGAUACUUUGAAUCCGGUGAUAGUAGCGGUUGCGAGAGCAGUAGGGCCCACGGGAUGUCCAAUUAGUACCUACAACAAUCCUGUGAUUCAUAGCUCACAUCUGUAGAUAUAGUUGUUCAUCGACACCAUUCAUGUAAGUUUUUCCCGUUUCACCCCAUUCGUAACACCUGUUUGCUUGUGGUUUUCGGGUUUGGUUUGAUCCGUAUCGAGUUUUUGAAGAAAACAAAAAUUGACCAUGUUACCGGUUUUGUAUUGAAUUAGCUGCACAGUGACUACUAUUGGUAGUGCAAAUCUUUUUUUAAGCUCGGGACCAGUGAAAUUCGGUGCAAUUAUAAGCU